CUGCCGCUGAGCUGUCCUUACCGGCGCGGGCGUGGUUUGGCGUUGGAAAGCGAUCGAAGCCUGCGAAGAGGAAUCCUCUGAGAAACAUUACGAUUCUAUGGCGACUUAUCUGGAAUUUAUCCAACAAAAUGAAGAGCGUGAUGGAGUGCGUUUUAGCUGGAACGUAUGGCCCUCCAGUAGACUGGAGGCCACGAGAAUGGUUGUCCCAUUGGCCUGCCUACUCACUCCAUUGAAAGAACGAUUAGACCUGCCUCCUGUCCAGUAUGAGCCAGUACUAUGUAGUAGACCGACUUGCAAAACUGUACUCAACCCACUUUGUCAAGUUGAUUACCGAGCCAAGCUUUGGGCCUGUAACUUCUGCUUUCAGCGAAACCAGUUUCCUCCUGCGUACACAGGCAUAUCUGAAGUGAAUCAACCAGCAGAACUUAUGCCACAGUUUUCCACAAUUGAAUAUAUAGUCCAGCGUGGUUCUCAGACACCUCUGAUCUUUCUUUAUGUGGUGGACACAUGCUUGGAAGAAGAGGACUUACAGGCUUUGAAGGAGUCUUUGCAGAUGUCUCUGAGUUUGUUGCCUCCCAAUGCUCUUGUGGGGUUAAUUACCUUUGGCAGAAUGGUCCAGGUUCAUGAACUGAGUUGUGAAGGAAUAUCCAAAAGUUAUGUUUUCAGAGGCACUAAGGAUCUAACAGCAAAACAAAUUCAGGAUAUGUUAGGUCUUACAAGGCCUGCUGCACCUGUUCAGCAAGGAAGACCUCAUCAGCCUCAGGAACAUCCUGUCAUUUCAAGCAGAUUUCUGCAACCUAUUCACAAAAUUGACAUGAACCUGACAGAUCUCUUAGGAGAACUGCAAAGGGACCCAUGGCCAGUCACUCAAGGAAAGAGACCCCUGCGAUCCACUGGAGUAGCUUUGUCGAUUGCUGUUGGGUUACUGGAGGGGACAUUUCCAAACACUGGGGCCAGAAUAAUGUUGUUUACAGGCGGUCCACCAACUCAAGGGCCAGGCAUGGUGGUAGGAGAUGAGCUGAAAACCCCCAUCCGUUCCUGGAAUGAUAUAGAGAAAGAUAAUGCUCGGUUCAUGAAGAAGGCUAUGAAGCAUUAUGAGACACUGGCUAAUCGCACAGCUGCCAAUGGACAUUGCAUUGAUAUUUAUGCCUGUGCUCUUGAUCAGACUGGUCUUCUGGAGAUGAAAUGCUGUGCAAAUCUAACUGGGGGUCACAUGGUGAUGGGGGACUCUUUCAAUACUUCUCUCUUCAAGCAGACUUUCCAGAGAGUGUUUAGCAAAGAUCUCAGUGGAGAAUUUCGAAUGGCUUUUGGGGCCACUUUAGAGGUCAAGACUUCUAGAGAGCUGAAGAUUGCUGGAGCUAUUGGACCAUGUGUAUCCCUAAAUGCCAAAGGGCCAUGUGUUUCUGAAAACGAACUUGGAAUUGGUGGCACAUGCCAGUGGAAAAUUUGUAGCCUUGAUCCCACCAUGACACUUGCAAUUUAUUUUGAAGUAGUAAAUCAGCACAACGCACCAAUACCUCAGGGUGGCAGAGGAGCUGUCCAGUUUGUUACACAUUAUCAGCAUUCCAGUACACAAAGGCGCAUUCGUGUAACUACUGUUGCUAGAAAUUGGGCAGAUGCACAGAGUCAACUGCAGCACAUAGAAGCUGCAUUUGACCAAGAAGCAGCUGCGGUCUUGAUGGCCCGACUGGGUGUCUACAGAGCUGAAUCAGAGGAGGGACCUGAUGUCUUGCGAUGGCUGGACAGGCAGCUAAUCAGACUUUGCCAGAAGUUUGGACAAUACAGCAAGGAUGACCCAAAUUCUUUUAGAUUGUCAGAUUCAUUCUCUCUGUAUCCCCAGUUCAUGUUCCAUUUGCGACGAUCUCCAUUCCUUCAAGUGUUCAAUAACAGUCCAGAUGAAUCUUCCUAUUACCGCCAUCACUUUGCCAGACAGGACCUGACCCAGUCCCUCAUCAUGAUCCAGCCUAUACUCUAUUCGUAUUCAUUCUAUGGUCCACCUGAGCCUGUACUUUUGGAUAGCAGCAGCAUUCUUGCUGACAGGAUACUGCUGAUGGAUACCUUUUUCCAGAUUGUUAUCUAUCUUGGUGAGACCAUUGCCCAGUGGCGUAAAGCUGGCUAUCAAGAUAUGCCUGAAUAUGAAAACUUCAAGCAUUUACUGCAGGCUCCCUUGGAUGAUGCUCAAGAAAUCCUUCAGACAAGAUUUCCAAUGCCACGUUACAUUAACACAGAGCAUGGGAGCAGUCAGGCACGGUUUCUCUUGUCUAAAGUGAAUCCUUCUCAGACUCAUAAUAAUCUGUAUGCAUGGGGACAAGAAUCUGGUGCCCCAAUCCUAACAGAUGACGUUAGUCUGCAGGUAUUCAUGGACCAUCUGAAGAAGUUGGCUGUGUCAAGUGCAUCAUAAUUUUGUUCUUAUAAGGAAGUCUAAAAAAAAAUCAAAGAAAUAACCAAAUCAUGCUGCUGAUUAAUCACAAUUUGCCAAGAAACCAAUAACAUUCCUUCCCCUCUUUUAAAUCAGAUUUUUAAUGAUUCCAUGUAACAAACAUGUAAGGGGAGUUUUUUGUAUUUUAGAUUUAAGUUAUUGAUAUUCAUUUUGUCUACAUUCUACCAGUUCUUUUUUCAUUCAUGUAACUAUUCCAAGACAAUGACUGAUAACACCUAUACUAUUCUGUGUAAUUCAUUUUUCUGCACUUGUAAUUAAAAUAAAAACUGAGGGUGUUAAUACUUAGUGCACUA